AUGUGCGACUCUUCGCCUCCACCUGGCGUCGACAAGGCCAAUCGAUGGGAGCUCUCUUCGAGCGGCUCGUCGCCCCGAUCCGACACUUCGACCACCCCGAACAGCUUGAUCUCUUCGCCUGGGUCUCCCGCCGAAACAGAAUUGUCCUCCCCCAGCCUCGGGUCUCAAGGCUCUGAGAAGUCUUUCGUCAAUGGACAGUCUCAGUUCGUGGUCACACCAAGCUUCGCCAACUACAUCUUGGUCGGAAACACCCCUUACGCACCAGGUCAAGUACAGGCGAUGCGUGAAAUCCUCCAGCAAGCACGACAUACCGGAGAGUUUCCCAAGACUACAGCUCCACCCGAAGACGCUCAGACUAUCAUUGAGGAUUACCAGUACCUCCAACGCCUUCGAGACGCUCGAGGUGACCCUGCCGUCUAUCCUCCGCCACAAGCGUACAACAGUCUCAAGGUAGACAUUGCUCGUCGCAUCAAAGAUCGUGAUGAGCUCCAUGGAGGCCCCUCCAAUCUUCAAGAGAUGGAUCAUCGAGUUCAGAACUGGAUGAACUCAAUCAACAAGGAAGCGCGCAUGCUGGAGAUUACGCAGGCAGCACUUCAGCGCAAGGGCAUCAACAACCCCACGCAAGACGACUUGGACGCCAUCGCCGAGGAGUUCAUGCAGAUUGCGGAGCGCACCCUUCUCGACGUUGCCAGCCCCCUGCGUAUGAACGCCAGUCGCAUGGAGGGCAACAUUAGUCGCUUUGAUAGCCAGCUGGAUGGCUUCCAUGGCGCUAUGACUACGCAGAUCAGCACACUCAACAACAUCCUGGAUGCUCAGAGCAACACUUUUAACGGUUCAGUCAACAUGCUCAACGUGGCCCUCAACACCGUCACAACUGACUUACAUCGACUCACCUCCGACCUUCCGGACUUGAUCACUAGGGUAGUUCAAGCUGCAGUUCAAGAGCAGCUUACUUCUCUCUCUCAUCAGCACAGCGUUGGCUUACGGUAUCAAGCGAACUUCGAGCAACCACCUGGCUAUGUCACAGCGACGCGGUCGCAACACCACCACCAGGAUGACAGAGCGAUCUUUACCACAUUUGCACAUCCGGUGACCUCGACGACUCAAGUAUCGGGACAAGUGUACUGCGAACGGACUUCUCAUCUUAGUACACCACCGACAAAGUCGAAGCUCAAGAGAUUCUUGCGGUGCAUCAUUGGAAAAGGGCGGUCGGCGAAAAUGGAGGGUCACAGGGGGGCAAACUCGGUAUGA